UGGCUGACAGGAGCCCCGCGCUCUGACUCCGCCUACCCCCGCCGCCGACAACCACGUCUGAGACUCUCGGGAUUGGUUUCCUCUGGACACUAGAAGACGCCGGGAAAUGGUCCCGCCUCCCUUGCACAGCCCGGGGAGGGAGCUCCGCGGAUUGGUCCAGGGAGUCUCGGCGCUCACCGCUCAACGCUUCAGGAUUGGCUAACGGGACGCUCAAGGCGCCGCGGAACAUUUUCGGUGAUUGGUCAGAGGGUGCGGCCAGCUAUUUGAAGGAGGCGCGCAGUGUACGCAUUUCAGUCCGCGGUCUGAGGAGGUUGUGGGUUCCGUCGGUACCGCUGUGCCCCUGACCCCGAAAGACGCAGACGUGGGCUCGGCCCCAGUUCCGGCUUCAGCCGUGGCCCGGAGAGACGAUGGCCAAGGUGUCGGUGCUCAACGUGGCGGUGCUGGAGAAUCCGAGCCCUUUCCACAGCCCUUUCCGGUUCGAGAUCAGCUUCGAGUGCAAUGAGGCUCUGGCAGACGACCUAGAAUGGAAGAUCAUUUAUGUUGGCUCAGCUGAGAGUGAGGAGUUUGAUCAAAUCCUAGACUCGGUGCUGGUCGGUCCUGUCCCAGCAGGGAGACACAUGUUCGUAUUUCAGGCUGAUGCCCCUAACCCAUCCCUCAUCCCUGAGAGCGAUGCCAUUGGUGUGACAGUGGUCCUCAUCACCUGCACCUACCAUGGACAGGAAUUCAUCCGAGUGGGCUACUACGUCAACAAUGAGUAUCCUGACCCAGAACUUCGGGAGAACCCACCUCCAAAACCAGACUUCUCUCAGCUCCAACGGAACAUCUUGGCCUCAAAUCCCCGGGUGACCCGUUUCCACAUCAACUGGGACAACAAUACAGACAGGCUGGAGGCCAUAGAGAACCAGGACCCCACACUAAGCUGCAGCCCCCCCAUCAACUGCACUCCUGUCAAGGGCUUGGGGCUCCCUGGCUGUGUCCCUGGCCUUCUCCCCGAGAACUCCAUGGACUGCAUCUAACUGGGGGACUCUAGAUCUCUACUUGGGCCCAGCCAGGACCACAGCCUGUCUUCUGACACAUCUGGAGUUUACAUUCAGGGCUCCUGAAGAGUCCUGUGAGGACCAUCUGGAAGACUUUGGAGCCAUCAACUAUAUUCAGAUCUGUCAAACUUGUCCCCAAGGAAAGAAUGGGCCUCAGGUCUCUCCCAACCUCAGCCCAGAAGGAUUACCAUAUCUCACCUUUACUUCCCAGCCUUAUAAAAAGCAGGUACUUCAGUUCUUAAUUCUUUCUAACUUGUGUUCUUUCUCUCUUCCACACACAAGCCAUUGUGUCACCAUGCUUCCAUAUAAGUACCAUUGACCCAGAGCUUUCCCACAGACCUCCCUGCCUGCCUUGAGGUUUUCUUGGUCAAUGGUUGGCAAGGCUCUGGCCCUUUUGGGCUAGUGGCUCUGUCUUUCCUUUCCUUUCCCAAAUAUCUGAGUAGAUCCAUUCAGCUUUCUGGAGUCACAAGGAACCUGUGUUAGAAAGUAGACUCGGACACAAUUUCUAUCCUUUUCCCAGAACAAUUACUAGGUCUUUUCAAUCCAUCAGCCCCUGGAAAACCAUUUCCAAAAGUGUGAUCAGCAGGAUACUAAUGAAUGAUGGUUGACUCUUCCUCUCAGUCACAACCACCUCCUCAUUACAUUUAACUGGAUCUGGAUUUCCCUGGAGGCUGCUACUUCUGAGAGAUGGCAUGUUAGAGUGACCUGCUGUGCUCUAUCUCUGUGGGCACCAGGACCCCUCUGUCUCUGGCCACCAUGAUUGGCCCUCUGCUAAGACCCUCAUGCUCUCAGAGGCUACAGAGUGAUUGCAGCCACAGGAAGCAGUAGGGACCCUGGAAGUCUCCCUUUGCCAUGCCCUCUGCCAUGUUCCCCACCGCCUCGCCAUGUGGAUGCUAUUGUGAUUACAGCUUGUAUAUUAAAAAUGUUUUUUAUAUUAAAUAUGUUUGGUUGAU